AAACAAACAAAACAAAACCCUCAAAAAACAAAACAACAACAAAAAAACCAAAAAAACUAUUACCUCAAAAUCUUUAAAUAGAAGUUCACACUGGAAAACAGCAACCAAUGUUUUAAGAUGGAAAUAAUUGUGUGUUUAUGUGUAUAUGUUUGCUUUUAAAAUUUUACACCUUUAGACAAAUUAUUUUUUUCCUUGUCAUAAAGAAAUUGCAUUUUAAUCGUCAUUCUUCUAAAAGAAUUUUUUAUGAUUUUAUCAGCAUGAUACUUACAAAGAGCAUAUCCCCCUUUAGACGAAUCAUUUUAGGCAGCCAAGUUUGGUUUAUUUGGGUUUCAUGCUAUAAAUUAUGCUAAUUUAUGAAGGUUACUUCUUGUUGGAUGCUUGUAGUAUUCAUAUAAUAUUUAAAUGCAAAAGAGUAUUAAUAUAAAGCAUUAUCAAUUAAAUUUUAUUCAACCAGAUGUUUUCUGUGAUACAUGAUCAUCUUAGGUGUAUAACUAAUUUUGCAUUACCAUUUAUGAGUGAUAGAGUUGUGUUCUUUUUAAAGUGUAUAUGCAAUUAGUAGUGGUUAUAUUCAUUUCAUGAAAUCUCUUUGAAGGUCGUUUGUUUUAGGAGUGUAAGUAAUUUCCAUUAUAAUAUAUUCAUAUAUUUUUAAAUCUCAUUUCCAUAUGAAGGUAAAGAUGGGGUCAUUCUUAGAACGAAAUAACUCUUUUUCAGAAGGACACAGUCAAAAGCUAGGAAUUCAUUUGUUAUCCCUCUGCAGUUGUUAGGACAGGAGCACUAAUCUGGCCAACUUACCUUUAAAAGAACAUGCAAAGUCAAAGAUGUCAGGUUGUACCAGUAAAUAUUCACCAGCAAAGUUUUUAUAUCAAAGACUGGAACUUUCAAAGAUGCUCCUGGGACUUAGUGUACUCUAACAUCUAUUAAUCCCUGAUACCUUAGGUGACUUGUCAUAGAAGUGCUACAUUUACAAGUAGUAUACAAGGAGGCCCAAGAGGACAAAUUCAGUUAAAGGCCAAGGAAGCAAUUAACGUUCUCUACUUUUCCCUAAAGAACUUCCAUAGCAAAUGUUGCCCUCCCCCUGCACCCCCAAUCUUAGCAAGGCAAGUGCAUAUAGUGAAAUGGAAGUUAAAGUUCAAAUAAAACAUGUUUCCAGUAUUAUUUGGUUCUUAGAGCUCUUCCUGAAUGUGAAUGCAUACAGUUGUUUAAGGUGAAGUACAGUGAAAAAUAUUAGAAGAGAUGGCUCUUGCUGAAAAAUACCAAAUUUUUAUUUCUUUGUUUCCCCUGCAUCUCUGUCAAGGGUCAAUGUUUGCAGUAGUGGUAGAGGUGGAUGGUAGGCUGGGUCCUUCCUGUGGAUAUGGUUAAAUUGGAGUGCUUUUGAGGAGUACAUGAUUCUGUUUGUAUUUUAAGCAGGACACACACACACACACACAGACACACACACACGCAUGCACCCCAACCUUCUAUUUUCUAGUCCUUCAAAUUUUGAAAACUCUUGUGUUCACUCAGGUCUUUUCUUCUUUUUGAUGAACAUGUUGAACUCCCCAAAACUGUCCUUAUAAGGCCAGGUUUCAAGAUUUCUCACCUCCCAGUUGCUACAGUUUCUCAGUGUCCCUCUAAAGUGGGCCUUCCCUAACUGGAUGUACAAGUAUAAUCUGACUGGUGUAAAAUAAAGCCUCUACCUCCCUGAUUUUGAAAAUUAUAUUUUUAAUGUGGGCUAGGUGCACUGAUUUUUUGAUGGUCAUGUUAAACUUUUGACUCAUAUUGAGCUUGUGGCCAAGUAAAUGUAUCUAUCUGUCCCCACCCCCUACACAGUGCUGCUAAACUCAGGCUGAAUAUGGUCUUUAGACUUAUCUUUAUUAAAUUUCACAUUGUUAAGACCAAUCCAUUGUUAUAACUGAAGACAUUUUCCUUCACAUUUAGUUUUCUAUUAUACUUGUUGUCCCCAUCACGUUUAUAUAUUCUGAAAAUUUUAUAAUACUUGUAUUGUCAUCAGUUAGUCAAACCAUUGACAGAACUGUUCAUCAAGGCAAAGCUGAGAACACACCAUUUAUUAGAAAUGUCUAUCCAGGUGGGCACCAAAGCCAAGAGCCUUGGGACUACUGUGGAAAAGCACUUUCAUCCAAUCCAACAAUUCUUCAUAGGGAUGCCAUGAGACACCACAUGUUUGUGUCUAUGGAUUUCCAAUUUUUCCAAGGGCAGGGACCAUGUCUAUUUGGCUAGCUACUAUACUCCAUCACUCAGCACCGUGCCUGGGACACAGAACAACUAGAAUUGCAUUGGGACGCCAAUAUGAAGAGGUGGGUUCUUAUAUUCCAUCACCAAUCUCUCUCUUAUUCUAUAGGAACUGAUUGGUGGCUCUUAAAAUAUAUUGCUUUAAAAAAGUACAUCAAUUAUUUUUUGUUGCGUGUAGCAUUGCAGAAGUAGAUAAUGGUGGUUUGAACUCCCAUGAAAAUAAGAAAGAUGUUGCCACCCUGAUGAAUGGAAAUAUUAGCUUAUAUUGAGAGUCAUUUGCAAAUAGUUUACCUCAUUAUUUCUCACCUAAAGUCACUGAAUAUUCAAAAGUUCCUUAGACUAAGCAGAAAUGCUGUAUUUCCAUCAAGUUCUUUUCUCUUUUCAUGGAUUUACUUAUACAACCAUUACCUUUUUCCUUUCCUUUCAGAGACCAGAGAAGACUAUGAUGACAAGCAGGUGGUCACAGAGAUCAUGGCAAGAUGUUUUAUUCCGACUCUGAUAACAACUACUUCCUGGGAAAGUUUUUAUUUUAUUGGUCAUGAGAUUCGAAUUACUGAGGCCAUGGAUUGUUAUGGUGCUGUUGUUUGGCCAUCGGCCCUUGUUCUAUGCUAUUUCCUGGAAACAAAUGCAAAGCAGUAUAAUAUGGUUGACAAAAACGUGAUUGAAAUUGGAGCCGGAACAGGGCUAGUCUCCAUUGUGGCAAGUUUACUUGUCUUUACUUACAUAAAGUCAUUUAAUCCUCACUACCUUUCUAAGAGGUGGAAGCUAUGCUAUCCCUACUUCACGGAUAAAGAAACUGAGGCUGAGAUGUCCCCUGGCUACACAUCUGCAGAGUGGCAGUCAGGACAUUCAAGUCCAGAAGACACUGUUCCUACCUUUCAACUGUUCAUGUCCAUUUCUGAAAAGAGAAAAAAGGCAGUCAUGCCUCUGCUGAGAAGAUGUGUGAAAAUGAGAAAGACCAAUGGAGAAUUGUCUCUCAAGACUAAAAUCCUAGUCACCAACUUAGUGCUCUUCCUUGAAUGACCCCAACCACCAGUACAAUCCCACGAUCCUGGUCUUUCUUGAACGGCUCCAAGUGCUGCUUUUCUGGUGGGGAUGUGCUUUUCUUUCUGCUUUUAUUGCAGCCAGCUGAAUAACAGACAGGGUGGGUGUUCGGCAAAGUUGAUGAGAUACCAGGUGGUGUCUUUAAAUGUUUUCUGAAGCUGUCUUCAAGUGCAUUUCCCCAGUUACCUAAGGAGAAAGGAGAGAGGAAUGGAAUAAGCAGGCUUUCACUAAAAGGCUCAAAUGGCUUUAGUAAUUCAAGGAGGAAAUCUUCCUUUCUUACAGAAGCACCAGUGCUGCCCCAGUGUUGGUGGAGGCAGCAGGACUCAGUGGCCUGCAGCUGUUAAGGCAGGGAGAGACCACACUAACCAGAGAGCUGGCAGCCAUACAGCAGUGUCGAGGAAGGUGAUGACAACCAACCAUCGGAUCAGGGAUGAAACAGGGCCUGGCAGGCAGCUGCAACACUGAGUAGCAGAUAGGAAGACUAUAGAUCAUGCAGCGUCUGCUUAGGAGUUUUCUGGUCACAAAAAUGUGAAGAGGAAGAGGAAGCAGCAUGUGGGAAGGAACGGAGAUGGAUUAUACAUUGGGGGAACCCAAGUCAAUAAAUAAAUAAAUAAUAUGUAAGUGGAUGAAUGCACAAAUGCAUAAAUAAUAUUUUGCAGGAAGAGUUGGGGUGUGGGGGAAAGGGUAGAUUGGAGGAUAAGAUUAGGAAAAAACUAGAUGGACCUAACUUAGGUGUUUCUCAAAGGGCAGCUCUCAGUCCAGUAGCUGUUUGUCAGGGGUCCAUGAAGAGAUGAGUGGAGAAAUCAGGACUGUGUGUUUAGAAACUUUGCAGCAAUUUGACAGACUCUUUUCUUUUUUUUUUGAGACAGUCUUGCUCUGUCACUCAGGCUGGAGUGUA